AUGAGUUUAGAGAGCAUGCCACCAAGAGAGACAGGAUUAAAAUAUUCUUCGACCACAAUGGAAAGAAAUAUUAAUUUUGAGAACAUUUUAAGGGGAAGCCCAUACAACAUAAUUCAUUUCCAGGAGGCACCAAAUACAUUGAGAGAUAAAAAAAGAGAGCAGAGAAUUGCCGACAGCUCUAUAUUUACAACAGAAUAUUGGAAAGCAGACCAAUAUAAGGAAUCUGUCAUGAUUAACUUUUUCAUAAGCACACCACUCUCUCUUAUUUCUUAUUCAACCAGUUUAAUUGACUGUUUUCAUGGGAAAGUAUCGCUCUUUCUGCUUUAUAUUAAUAUGUGGUUCUCUGUGGUUACCAUAAGCAACUUAGUUAUUUACUACGUCAUGCUGUAUAAACUGCACAGAACAUACCAUGAUGUAGACAAAUUUAAACUAUUUUCUGGUAGAACUAUUAUAAGCCAUGUUUAUAUACUGGGAGUGUUUGUUGUACAUAUAAUUAAUGAAACAAGAGUGGCUGUUUUAGGUGAUUUGCGGCUGCACAUGUAUUUUACUGAAAAUAAGAAUACUCCCACAGGUAAUUUGUUUUCUAUUAUUCCUAAAAUAACAAGCCCAAUUUAUACUCUCUAUGAUGUUUGUUUUACAUACAUAUUAUUAGGAGUGACAAUUAUAAUUUUGUCAUACACAGAAAACAAGUACAAAUUUAUAACCGAGGAUAUUUCUAAAAGAUUAAACAUGAUGAGGUAUGUUAUAGCAAGAAUACUUGCUGUUUUUAUUCCUAUGUGUGUAUUAUCACUUAGCCGCGGUGUAGAUACUCUUCAAAAUACAUUAUACAAACUAUUACAUCUUAUGAUAAAUGGCACUAUAUACGGGUUUAUUGCCGGGUUCAUUAUAAACAGUACUUAUGGUACAUUUUUACCGUGGAAGUAUACGGAAAUAGAACAAGAAAGAAAAAGAAAAAUGAAAGAAUUCUCUCAAGUGGUUUUAUUCCUUGUGAGUUUUGUUCUGGCAGUUGGAUCGACCUCACUUAUCUUUGGCCAUAGUGUGUAAGAAUACAUUAACACCAAUUCCUAAACACUAGUUGUUAUAAUUUUUAUAUGCACCAUGUCCAAUGCAAUUCUAUACACUCUGAUAGAAUAAUUGCUAUUCCAUAACAAAAAAUAUAAACCUUUCAUGGCAUUCAAGAAAUAUGUUUUGAGUACUCUCAAAGUCACUGUUAAAUUGUUUCUGUGAAAGGGAUUUAUAUAUAAGAAAACAACUGUUUAUAGAAGGAAGAAGGAAUAACAAUAUGAAAUAACAAGAAGUGCAUGAUUCUCUGCAGGCAAAUUAGUAAAUUACUCUCACUCUAACUAUCCUAAAUUGUUUGAUUGGCC